AGUAGCUCGCCGUUAGGUGAAAGAUAGAGUUAGGGCAGAGAGGGAGAGAUUCGUAACAAAGAGAGAGGAAGUUGAGAGAGCAAGGAGCUGGGAGUGAAGGAGAGGGUUAGGGCAGAACAAUUCAAAACGGAGAAGGAGAGUCGAUCGAGAGAGAGAGAGAGAGAGAGAGAGAAGAGGAGAGAGGGAAACUUUCAUACCUUUUAUUUCAAAUUGAUCUGAACCGAAUCGAUUUCCUCUGCUAUGAUUUGAUUUAAGUUGGAGGACGAAUCUAGACCAUUUAUUUCGUUUUGUACACACGGGUAUUGCACACAAUCACAAGAUGAGAAUCUCAAGAGGGUUUUUAUCCAUCCAGUUGUCUUCGUUGAAGGCCUUUUAAGCUCUGCGUCUCCGACUCGAUUCUCUUUCUCUGGUCUAUCGAGUUUCUGGUUCUUGCAGAUAUGGCUUCUCAUCUCGGGAAGGCUGAUGACUCCAUGAGCUGGAAUUCGAAAACUGUAAUCACCUUUGGAGUUUCUUUGGUUCUUUCUUGGUUUCUCGUGUUCUCUCUGAUUUCAGCCACCUGUCUUGCUUAUUCGUUCGCAGGUACAUGGGUGGGUAAUCCUGACAGCGGCAGAAGUGAUUUGUAUCCAGAAAUUCUUCGGGACGAAGCAGUGGCCAGGCUUAAUGAGCUUGGGAAGGUGAGUGACGCUGAUGGUUAUCUUGAGAGGACAUUCUUAAGUCCUGCCUCCAUAAGAGCUGGCAAACUGAUUCAGAGCUGGAUGGAGGAUGCCGGUUUGAGAACAUGGAUGGAUCAGAUGGGGAAUAUUCAUGGAAGAACUGAUGGGAUGAAUGCAAGUGCGGAGGCUCUAUUAGUUGGUUCUCAUUUGGAUACUGUUAUUGAUGCUGGAAUUUACGAUGGUUCGUUGGGAAUAGUUUGUGCACUGUCUGCAUUGAAGGUUUUGAAGACCACUGGGAACAUAGAAAAACUGAAGAGACCAGUGGAGGUGAUUGCAUUCAGUGAUGAGGAGGGUGUCAGGUUUCAGACAACCUUUUUAGGAAGCGGUGCUAUAGCUGGUAUUUUACCGGCUUCAGUGCUGUGGAUAACUGACAAGAGUGGUAUAACAGUCCACGAUGUUCUCAAGGAGAACUCUAUUGAAGUUACUGAAGAAAGCUUUUUACAGCUCAAGUAUGACCCAGAGUCAGUCUGGGGUUACAUUGAGGUACAUAUUGAACAAGGCCCUGUCCUAGAGUCGCUUGGUCUUCCCCUUGCGGUGGUGCAAGGUAUAGCUGGACAGACACGUAUAAAGGUAACAGUGAGUGGAGUGCAGGGGCAUGCUGGAACAGUCCCAAUGUCUAUGCGCCGAGAUCCAAUGGCUGCCGCUGCUGAACUAAUUGGAUUGUUGGAAAGUCUUUGUAAAGAUCCUGAGAGCUACUUGUCUUAUGAUGGCCAUUGUAAUGGCUUCGCAGCAGAUUCUCUUGCAGGAUCACUCGUCUGUACAGUUGGAGAGAUAUCUAGCUGGCCAAGUGCAAGUAAUGUCAUUCCAGGCCAGGUAAACUUCACCAUAGAUUUACGUGCAAUGGAAGACAUGGAACGUGAAGCUAUUAUCAUUGAAUUAUCCAAUCGAAUGUACCAUAUUUGUGACAGACGUUCUGUAGCUUGCGACAUUGAUCGUAAGCAUGAUGCAGGAGCAGUUGUAUGUGAUCCUGGUCUAAGUUCAAAAAUGAAGUCUUCUGCUUACUCUGCCCUGAAAAAGAUGGUAGGUGAGGUUCAAGAUGAAGUACCUGUUCUGAUGAGUGGAGCAGGGCAUGAUGCAAUGGCCAUGUCUCAUUUAACCGAGGUUAGCAUGCUAUUUGUUCGUUGUCGUGGAGGCAUUAGUCACUCCCCUGAAGAGCAUGUUUUGGAUGAUGAUAUUUGGGCUGCAGGUUUGGCAGUCCUGGAGUUUCUUGACCAACAUGUAACUUAACAAGUUGUAUAUGUGGUGAUGGAUCCAAUUUUCUAUCAUAUCUCUUAGUAUCUUUCUGUUGUACAUGUAAAACUGAUUGAUGGAUAUGAAGUAUCCCUACGUAGUGUAACUUAUUUCUGUCUUCGCGGAUCACCAUCUUAUAAUGUGAUGAUUAUGAUGAACUAAUGGAAUGCCGUUUUGUGUCUC